AUGGCGGCCUGCUGCGCGGCGACGGCGACGGCGAUGACGACGACGAGCGCCUCGGCGACGACGAUCGAGAAGCCCUCAUCAUCGGCCGCCUCGACGCGCCGCGUCGCGCCGCUGACGCGCGGCGGCGCGCGCGUCAGCGUCUUCUUCGCGACGGCGGCGGCGUCGUCCGCGCGAUCGCGCGGAGGACGCCAUCGCGCGCGCGCCGGCGCGGGCGCCUCCCUCGUCGUCCUCGCGUCGUCCGACGCGGUGUCCACGGCGAUGUCAUCAGAGACGAUGUCCGCGGACGGCGCGGUCGCGCUGACGCGUAACGGCAAGAAGCGCGUCGUCGUCACCGGCAUGGGCUGCGUCACCGCGAUGGGCAACGACGUGGACGUCUUCUACGAGAAGCUCCUGAACGGCGAGAGCUCGAUAACGCCCAUCACGGAGUGGGACGCGCACGAGGACAUGGCGACGACCAUCGCGGGCGAGAUCAAAGGGUUCGACCCGGAGGAGUUCAUGACGAAGAAGAUGGCGCGCCGCGUGGACCCGUUCAUCGCGUAUCAGAUCGUCGCCGCGAAGAAGGCGCUGCAGGCGGCGAAGCUGCCGUUCGCGAAGGGCGACGAGAUGGACGCGGCGGUGGACAAGACCCGCGCGGGGUGCCUCAUCGGCAGCGCGAUGGGAGGGAUGCACUCGUUCAGCACCGCGACGGAGGCGCUCGUCACCGUCGGGCACAAAAAGAUGAACCCGUUCUGCAUCCCGUUCGCCAUCACGAACAUGGGGAGCGCGCUGACGGCGAUGGACUUGGGGUUCAUGGGGCCCAACUACUCCAUCAGCAGCGCGUGCGCGAGCGGCAACUUUUGCAUCCUAAACUCCGUGGAUCACAUUCGCAACGGCGAGGCGGAUCUGAUGCUCGCGGGAGCGUCGGACGCGGCGAUACUCCCCUCCGGGAUGGGCGGCUUCUGCAGCGUCAAGGCGAUGAGCAAACGCAACGACGACCCGACGAGGGCGUCGCGGCCGUGGGAUAAGGCGCGGGACGGGUUCGUCAUGGGCGAGGGCGCGGGGGUUCUGGUGCUCGAGUCCCUGGAGAAUGCGCUGAAGAGAGGCGCGCCCGUCUUGUGCGAGGUGCUCGGAGGGAACUACUCGUGCGACGCGCAUCACAUGACGGAGCCGCACCCGGACGGGAAGGGCGUCGCGCUCGCGAUCGACCGCGCGCUGGACGCGUGCGGGCUGGAUGCGAAGGACGUCGACUACGUCAACGCGCACGCGACGUCCACGCCCGCGGGGGACAUGGCGGAGCUCCGCGUGUUGCAGGAGAAGUUUGGGAAGAACCCGGGGUUCAAGAUCAACUCCACGAAGGGGAUGAUCGGGCACUUGCUCGGCGCUGCGAGCGCGGUGGAGGCGGUCGCGUGCGUCAAGGCGAUCACCGACGGGUGGGUGCAUCCGAACGUCAACCUCGACGACCCGGAGGACGAUGUGGACUUGGCGCUGCUCGUCGGGCCGACGAAGGAGCGUCUGGACGUCAAGGUGGCGUUGUCGAACUCGUUCGGGUUCGGAGGUGCGUCCCAUCUCGCACUGGUCCCCGUACGACCGCGGCACAACAGCGCGGUGCUGUUCGGCGCGUACGAGGGCGGCGGCGGCGGCGGCGGCGCGGGGGGCGGGGGUGAAGGCGGCGGCGAGGGGAGCGAGUUGCGGGAGCUGUGGCGGCGGUUGUUCUGAUGGGACCAUGAAUGGAGGACGACCGACCGGCCCGACGAGGGAACGGAGAGGACGAUCGGCGAUCGGCAGUUGGCGGUUGGCGGAUGCGGCGGCGUUCGGUGUUGCAGGGCUAAUAAUACUCGAAACGACCACCGGCGCU